CAGAAUAGCAUUUGUUGCCGUUGCAGUUAGAGAGUGAGCAGGCAAGUUUGAUCCUCGCACAGGGUUUACACAUUACUGUGUUUAUGUUCUUAACAUUAGCUGGUUGAAUCCACAUGGAGGCAAGCAUGAGCGGCCAGCCUGCAGUAUGGGAAGAACAGUGGAGGAGAGAGAAGGAAAGGAGGGAGCAAGUCCUCGGAGAAGGAAAGGAGGGCAUCGAGCAGGAUGAGCGUGAGCUGAGGAGAAUUGUGGCUUUCAAUGACUCUCGACUGGGGCUGACGAGCAGGAGGUUAGAACCGGUUGAGUCAGAUAAGGGCGAUAAUCUCCAGGUUUACUGCCGUCAAAACUUUCCUUAUGAGGUGUUUGAGGUCUUGAGGGAGUUCCGUGAAAGUUGUCUUCUCACAGACCUGAUAAUGACCACAGACGACGGGAGCAGCUUUCAGGUGCACUCCCUCAUCCUAGCUGCUGUCAGUGCCAUCAUUAAGAAACGCUUGAGGGAACAAACCUGCGACCAGUACCAAGUAGGACCCAACCAGUGGUCCUUCUCUUUGGGUCCAGAGGUGAAUCAGGCUGGGCUACAAGCCGUUGUGGACUUUGCCUAUACUGGAAAACUUUUAGCAGUUUACACUGUAACCCAAAUUAAGGUAACAGCUCGUGCACUGGGAGUUCCCAGAAUGUUACAAUUCUGUGACAAAACAUUAGGAGCGGAUGACGGUUCUAAAAACGACUCCGCUAAUGAAGAGAUGAAGUGUACCCUCCAGUCUGUAGAGCAGCUGUGGGCAGAUGGAGUGGGCUGUGAUGUCAUUUUGGAUGUGAACGGAGCUUUGUUCCAUGCCCACAGGGUCAUCUUAGCAACAAGCAGUGGCUACUUCCAAGGCAUGUUCACCAGCGGCAUGAAGGAAUCCCGUCAAAGCCGUGUUGUCCUUCCCUUAAAGGUAGCUCCAGAGUUCGGGGCUCUGAUUAGUUCUUGCUACCGUGGGAUGCUACCUCUUAGCUGGGACUGCAUCUUUGAGACAGCCUGCACGGCACACCAGUUUCAGUUCAAGUCAGCCGAAUCACUCUGCCUGCUCUUCAUGAGACAGGAGAUGGGAGCAGAUACCUGCCUGGAUGUUGCCUCCUUUGCGGAAGCUUAUGGGAUGUCAGAGCUCCUUGAAGAAGCCAAUGACUACGUGCUGCGGAACUUCUUGGAGGUUUCUGCCCAUGCAAAGUUUUUGGACCUGCAGGCUGAGAAGCUUCUGGACUUUCUCUGCAGCGACGGUCUGAGCGUGCCGUCUGAGCUUGUUGUGUUUCGAGCUGUAGUCUCCUGGGUGGAGGCGGAUCCUGAGGAGAGAUGGGGCCGAGCUGGAAAAUUGAUGAAAGGGGUUCGUUUUUCCCUAAUGACGUUUCGAGAGUUCAAGGAGGUCAGGGCCAUUAACCUGCGCAUGGAAGCCAAAGAGAUGCAGCUGUACAGUGCUGCCUUCAAAGAGUUUGGGUCCACCCUGUCCUCGCAGGAUCAAUGGCGAGUGAGGCGCCCCAAAGCCUCCUUGGUUCUUGUUGGGGGGGACCAGCUCAACCCAGACGUGGGUCCUCGCAUACCAAGUCGAGAAGUGUGGUUUGCCAAUUCCUUGCGCUCUGGAACAGGCCUGGUGAAGGACAUCGAGUGGAGGAGGCUGGGCGAGGUUCCAAGCAAGCCAAUGUUCAGACAUGCAGUUGCAACCAUCAGGGGGCGGCUGUUUGUUGUUGGAGGAUGUCACUUUUACUGUGAGAAUGAUGUGAUGAAAUCCACCUACAGCUACGACCCUGUGCACGACGUUUGGAAGAGAUGCGCUGACAUGCAGGAAUUUCGAAGCAACUUCUCACUGGUGGUGUUUCAAGGUCGGCUUUACGCCGUCGGUGGCGAUAAGGAGAUGCACAACAACUUGGACAGUGUGGAGAUGUAUGACCCAAAGGCAGACUCCUGGAGUUUUGUCCAUCCUCUAGACCAACCACUAAGUGGGCAAGCUGCUACCAUCUUCAAUGGAAAGAUCUUCAUCGCUGGAGGUUUUGACCACCAGUACGUGUGUCUUACUUCUCUGUUGCUGUACCACCCAGAGGCAGGAAGCACUCAUCUGGCAGAUAUGACCCAAAACCGAGCCCAGCACUGCAUGGAGGCACUGCGAGGUUGCCUCUACGUGGCCGGUGGCUUGUGCAAUCUCAGGAGGUUUUAUACUGACCAGCUUGCCUGUGAGUUGUACGAUCCCACGACCGAUUCUUGGACAUCUUUUGCUUCACUGCCCAUGCCUCAUGUGGGAGCAGCUUCAGCCUUUUUGGAGGAGAACCUCUACAUACUCGGAGGGUACUGCCAGGAGGACCACAGUGAGUCCGGACUUGUCCACCGGUAUAACCGCAGCACCCAGCGCUGGGAGAUCAUGGGAAAACUGCCAGCAGCUGUUACUGACAUUAGGGCUUGUGUGCUACAACUGCCCCAGCACCUAAGAUGCUAGUCAUGUUUUGUGCUGAUGUGUCUCAAAGUUUAAAAUAUUUUAACAAUAAAAGUCAUUCAGAUCUUGUGUAAA